GAAGGAGAGGCAGAGGAAAAAGGGAAUGCAACACACACACAUUCACAAAUAUGCAAGCACACACAAGCAAGGGUGUCACAUAUCUGUAUCAAAGAGGCAUUGUGAAGGAGGUCAGGUUAGGCAAGCUCAAAGAGGAGAAGGUGUAUUUCCGUUUCAGCAAUGGAAAUGUCCACGGAGCAACUCCGCUGGCCGCUCUUCUUUAUGUCCACGGCUGUCCAGGAGGUCCAAUAAGAACUGGGACCCUCCCAUUGGAGGAGUGCGCUCAGUCACAGCGAGCACCAGCUUCUCACUCGUAUCAGACAUUCAUUAUCGCCUUCAUUUGACCUGGCCCAGUAUCUUUCGGGUUCCCUGUACCUGGACUUGAGGUUGAUGGAGCGCUGAGGUGGUUUUCUUCAUAUUGGACUGAAAUGGAUGAAGGCAGCAUCAAGAUGACGAAGGAAUUGCAGAACGGCUCCUCGGGCCACUGCUUGGAAUCUGAGACUAAAGAUAAGCAGCCUGUGAAAGCGACUGUGCUUCAAAAAGAUGUUGGCCUGCUAAGUGGCAUCUGUCUGAUUGUGGGGACGAUGAUUGGAUCAGGCAUUUUCAUCUCCCCUAAGGCUGUUCUGCUGUCCUCUGGAGCAGUGGGACCCUGCCUUCUCAUUUGGGCUUCUUGUGGCGUUUUAGCCACACUCGGAGCACUGUGCUAUGCUGAGCUUGGCACCAUGAUCACCAAAUCGGGGGGGGAGUAUCCGUAUCUAACGGAGGCGUUUGGCCCCCUCGUGGCCUACCUUUACUCCUGGACCACUAUAAUGGUGCUGAAGCCCUCCUCCUUCGCCAUCAUCACUCUGAGCUUCGCAGAAUACGCCUCCAGUCCUUUCUACCCUGGCUGUACUCCUCCUGUUGUUGUUACCAAGUGUCUGGCGGCUGCGGCUAUAAUUUUGAUCGUCAGUGUCAACUGCUUGAGUGUCAAACUGGCGAGCUAUGUGCAAAACAUCUUCACUAUGGCCAAACUUUUCAUCAUCCUCGUCAUCGUUGUAGCUGGCAUUGUGAUGCUGGCAAAAGGAAACACUGAGAACCUGUCGGAUGCCUUUGUCGGCACAUCGUCAUCUUUUGGAGCAAUCGGACUUGCGUUUUAUAAUGGGCUCUGGGCUUAUGAUGGAUGGAAUCAACUGAAUUUCAUUACAGAAGAGCUGAAACAGCCCUCCAGGAACUUGCCACUGGCCAUCCUCAUAGGGAUCCCUUUGGUAUCUGUCUGCUACGUGUUGGUCAAUGUUGCAUACUUCACUGCCAUGACUGCCAGUGAACUACUGUUGUCUCCAGCUGUUGCCAUGACUUUUGGAGACCGAGUCCUUUACCCAGUGUCUUGGAUCGUUCCUAUCUUUGUAGUCUUCUCUACAUUCGGCUCUGCCAAUGGAAGCUGCUUCACCGCUGGCAGACUGGCCUAUGUAUCUGGCAGAGAGGGUCACAUGGUUAAAAUCUUAUCCUAUAUUAGCCUGAAGCGCUAUACUCCAGCCCCUGCCCUCAUGUUCAAUGGUAUUUUAUCUCUUAUCUAUAUUAUCCCAGCUGACAUCAACACGCUCAUUAACUACUUCAGCUUCGCUCAAUGGGCGUUUUACGGGUUAACGGCCCUGGCUCUCAUAGUCAUGCGAUUUACCAGGAAGGAGCUCCAUCGACCAGUAAAGGUGCCGAUUGUCAUACCCGGCCUGAUCGUCCUGGUGUCCUUCUACUUGGUCCUGGCUCCCAUCAUUGAUAAACCGGAGAUGGAAUACCUCUACUGUGCUAUCUUCAUCUUCAGUGGACUUCUCCUCUACUACCCCUUCGUCUACCGCAAGGUCAACUGGGCACGCAAACUGAUGAGGCCCAUGACCAUGCAUCUCCAGCUGCUGAUGGAGGUAGUUCCUCCUGACAAAAUCCAAUGAUUGGGGACUCAACCUUUUACUGGUUCAAGGAUCGCCUGAUGUGUCGCCGCUAGGACUUAUGUAUGCAUGCAUCGGCACUUGAACGAAGGGAAGGGCGGGACAUCUUAAAUGUAUCGUAAAGAUAACUUGAAGGCUGAGUAGAUCACGCAACAACAUUUAUGUUGCUCCUGUCAUUGUAAACUGAAACAGAUGUUGGUGCGUUAUCGUUAAUGACACUUUCACAGUGGAAUAUUCUGGAACAAAGCAGCAAUUGUGUAAGCCAUGGUGUUUAUUAAAUAUAUCCAUCUGGUUGGGCAUAAAGUGGACAUUUUUGUGUAUUUGAGCAAAUUAUCCGUACUGUGUUUCCCUGACCUGACUACUACUUCGUAUUCUUUCUAUUUUAGGGUUAUAAGAUCACUCAAAGUACAGUCAGACGCGGUUAGUUGUGUGUGAUUAUGAAGGAUUAUGAAAUAGUAUAUUUGUUAUCGACUAGACACAACUCUAGAUAAGUAGUUAUUUAUCUGAUAGUGUAAACAUUAUGGAUUUGAGUGGGUGUGUGAGGCUUACUGCAGGGGAACUUCAAAAUGUUUUAAAUCGGAAGCUACAAAAUAAUUGAUUUCACUAUACCAAGGUACCAAUUGUCCACCAGAUGUCAGUAUAACAUUGUUUAACAUAACUGUGAUAUGAUAAUGUGCUUUUCAAUAUCAGUAGUAAUAGUUUUGAACAAUAUAUGGAUAUUUAAUCUUCAAAAUUACUUUAAAGUUCUUGUAGUUAUUGAUAGUGGAAUAUAAUAAUAUUCAAAGGGUAAAAGGAGUGAGCAGUAGUCUUCAUGGUUGUUAUUAUUGUCAUAUUUGAUAAAUCAUGCCAUGAACAGCAGAAUGAGGAGAUCUAAGGAAAGGUGAUGUGUCUUUAGCUUGCACACAGUACACUGUAGGUUAACACCACGGAGCUUCAUAAAGAACACAAGCUUUUGCAGAAAGUGCAUUUGGUCUUCGACGCCCCCUAGUGGCACAAAGCCAACCAGGAUCUCUUUUUAUCAAUCUUGAGGUUUAAA